CCGACGUCGACGCACGCCUCUCGUUUUCGCGCGCUUCUCGCACUUCUCGGUAAAUGCGCAAAAAAGCCAGCAACGAAAUCAAAUCAAGUCAAAUCGCAACGCAUGGUGAAUACAUGUCCGUUUUAUUAAUAGAUUCCGCAACCGCCAUAUAGCGCAUAUUUCGAAAGAGAUAUAUAAAAUAUAUAUAUAUACAUAUAUAUGAAAUAAAGUGAGGCCCUCGGAUGAAACAGUGUUGAUAAGGAGUGUACAUAUAAAACUGAAAGAAUUCGCGGCGCGCGCGAGUUAGUUGCGAAUAUUGCGUAUACGCAGUGUCUGCCGAAAGUAAUACAAAUCAAACAAAACCUACCACAACAAAAAGAGGAACUCACAAAAGCAAACGGCAUAUCAAAGCGAACAUUUCCCAAUUGAGGUUUUUUUUACACAGCGCGCAGAGGAUACGCCUACAUGGAUUUAUAUAGCACAAUUACAGCAACCAAGGAUACUGAGACUUGGGCAGGAUAGCAGCGAUGCCAGCCAGCGGGUUGCAAUCUCCACCAGGUCGACAGGCAAGCGGCAUAUCAGGAUAAAACCAGGGACUUGGACAUCAUGGCUCCUCUAUUUGUCUAGUUGGCAAAUACCAGCGAACCGGGAACCAGGCCACACACACACACAUACACUCGCCUACACACACACACACACACGCGCGCUCAUACGCUCAGACAAACAAGGACGUUUGUCAUUGUGUGCGUCAAGGACGUCGACACACGUACAAGCUUUGUUGCUGUUGUGCCAUACAAACAGACCAGAACCAGUGUCGCAAGUGGGCGUGCCAGCGGGUAGGCGGCCUCUGAUUAAAUAUACAUCAGUCAAGCGCAAGGAUCCUAAUUUCCAGCAGUUGUCCUGUGCAAAAGGACAACGGACAGCGCCGAAACGGGACACCAACUUUGAAGCGCUGGGAAAAUGGCGCGACGCAAGGGCAGCGGUCGAGGCAAAUCUACUGUGAAUUCACGCAAGAGUGCUUUAGAAACGGCGCGAGAAAAGCCCAAAGAUGAGCCCACUGCAAAUACGUCACAGGAUAAUAAAUUCGAUAAUAAUAUGGAAAAUGCAACCACCACAACGGCCAAGCAUUACAAAACCGCAGGCAAACAGUACAAGACCAAUAAAGUGAACAAUACGCGACGUGCCACAGCAGCAGCGGCAGCAGCAGCAGCAGCAGCAGCAACCACAACAGUAACAACAGCAGCAACGCCAACCAAGAAGCGGACAUAUCGGGAAACUGCAACAGCAACCACAGUCACUCAGAGAUCAACCAACAAGGCCAACAUCGCUGCAGCAAUUGCAUUGGCAGCAGCAACAGAGGCAACAGCACCAGCAUCAGCAACUGCAACAGCAACAGAUGCAACAUUAACAGCCUCUAAAGCGGCAGCAACAGCAGCAGGAACAGAUGCUGCUAGUGGCAACAGCAACAGCAGCAGCAAACCCAGCACAAGCACACGAGAUAAGCUAGGCGAGGUGCCGCUGCCGACUGUUGACAGCAACCACAUCAUCAGCAACAACAAUAAUAAUAAUAACAAUAACAACACAAAUAAUAAUAACAACAACAACCACCACAGUGAUAAUAGUAUUAGUGAGAAGAGUUAUGAAUUUAAGAGUAGAGAUAAAGCAAGUCUAAGUGAUAGCAAAAUGACGCUACAACAGAUGGCAGCAGUCAGCAGCAACCAGGAGCCAGUGGCUCCCAAUGUGGCCAACACGAUGAGCAACUCGAGCAUCAUCAGCAGCCAGCAGACCACCGUAAAUGCCACACCCGCCACCGAUGAGGCUCCGUUGGGGGAUCGGUCAAAUAUUUCACGCUAUCUGCACAAGAAGUUCAAACGUUUGGCCAGCACCACCGAGGUGGACAGCUGGAGUGCGACGAAUGGCGGCGGAGCACUGCAAGCAAGUGGCGAUGCCGUUCGCACCACAUCGCUGUCCUCAAACAGUUCGCUUUCACCGCCACCAACAACGCCGCUGGCCAACGGUCACCAUCUGAUGACCCAACAGCAAAGCCACCAGCAAGUGCAGCAACAGACGCCGCCGCCUUCGGUAGCAAUACAUGAAUUCAGUGCCAAUUUUGUAAAUAGCAAUCAUGUCAAUGCCAUUGGUCAUGAGGAGAGCAUCAUCAGCAAUAGUGGCUACAAAGCGGCGGGAAGAACGCGAACGCCUCUAGCCAACAGCAACAGCAACACGAACAGCACCAGCAACAGCAACCAUGCAGCAAAUGCCACACUGUCACCGGCCUCAUUUGCCCAGCAUCAGCAAUUGACGCAGCCAACAACAGUGAGUCCUGGAAUUCCAGGCGGAGCAGCAGCGCCAAAUCCUGCAUGCGAGAAGUCCGGACGAUACGUUUGUCAGUACUGUAACUUGAUCUGUGCCAAGCCCUCGGUGCUGGAGAAGCACAUACGGGCCCACACGAACGAACGGCCGUAUCCGUGCGAAACGUGCGGCAUUGCGUUUAAGACGAAGAGUAAUUUGUACAAACAUUGCCGCUCGAGAUCGCAUGCGGCCAGAGCGCGGGGCCUGGAAGUGCCAGCCGAUGCCGACGAUGGAUUGUCCGAUCAGGAUGCAGAGCUGAGCAACAGUAGUUCAGAGUUGCCGAGUCGCGCUGGUUCGCCUUACGACGAGCCAAUCAAUUCGCCCACACCCUCACCUUCCACACUGUCUGCGGCCAAGAGCGCAUACAUCCAACAGCCUCCGCUACCCACUUACAUGCAGCAACUGCCUCUGGGCUCGCCGGCAGCAGGAACAUUGCCACCCACCACAGCGGACAAUCACCACUCGGCCACUGCCCAGCAUCGCCAGUCGAUCGACUACAAGCCAUAUAAGCCCAAGUUCCACAAUGCCUCGUUGUACUCAUGUAGCAGUAAGGAGCUGCAACAGCAGCAGAUACAGCAGCAGCAGCUGCAGAUACAGCAGCAGAAACACCAAUUGGCGCAGCAAAAGCUGUCAAUUCAGCUUCCUCUAGCGCAGCAGCCGUCACUGGCGCAUCCCACACUUUCGCCAAGCACGCAGAUGAAGAUGAAGCACCACAUUAACUCGCAUCAGAUCCAGUUGCAAAUGCAGCAGCAGCAAUCCCUGUUGGCCCAGCAAUCACUGUUGGCUGCCAUGCCACCUGGCGGGGUGUAUUACCUGGGGCAACCUCCAUACUACAACCAAGAUGCAGCGGCUGCCAUUCACCAGCAUGCGUUAGCCAUUCAGCAAUUCCAAAUCCACCUGGCACAGCAGCAGCAACAACAACAGCAGCAGCAGCAACACCCACCGUUGGUCAAGCCGCCACCACCAAUGCAACAACCUCCGAGUCUCCCGCCGCAACAGCUGGUGCGUGCCAAUAGCCAGAUUUCCAGUGUAGCAACAGCACCAGCCACUCCCACUCCCGCCGCCAAUCUCAGCACUUUUGCCAGCUCAACUGGUGGCAAGCAAGUAAAUGUGGCCAAAGUGCAGGAGCACAUUUCCAAGUUGAUCUCUCAAAAUGAAGCCAUAGUUGAAAACAAGGAGAUUUUGCUGCAGAAGAAGUACCCUAAACAGCUUAGUCGUUCCCGCAGUUUCAACAAUGCCAACAGCAACAAUGCUUCGCAGCACGGGAGCAACGCGUCGGCAUUGCAUGCAAACAAUAGUCACAACAACACCAACGCGCAGAUGCCGGAGCGCGAGACUAAAGUGAAUUUGGCACAGGCUAUCUUCCAGAAACAGCAACAGCAGCUUCAGCAGCAGCAGCAGAUAACCCAGCAGCAACAGAUAACACAGCAGCAGAUGCAGCUCGAGCAGCAGAACUACUAUACUUACAUCCAACAGCAACAGGAAUGCCAACAGCAACAGAUAGAACCUCCAAAUGGGGUGGUUAAAAGGAAUGCCUAUAAGCCUGGAGUAGUGAUGACUACGCCGGUGAAGCAGCAGCAGCAACUUCCGCCACCGCCGUCCCCGUUGCCCAUGCAAACAUUGCAAUAUCGCCAGGAUCCCGCAACACCAGUGGCAAAAAUUGAGCAACCGACGACGGCAGUGCCUGUUAUGCCUCUGAAUUUAUCAGCGAAGCCUAAACCAACUCUGGUCACUGUGCCCGUCAGUUCCUUGUCCACCAGCUCUCUGGCACCGAAUCCAACGACUUCUACCAAUUCGACUAGUAGCUCCAAAACUGCUCCACCACCUGCUCAGGUUAAUAAUUCGAUAAUUAAGAAUCUACUGCUUAAUGCUCGAGGAUUGGCCGUGCCGAUUGGCGAAGGCGAUGAUGCUGUUUAUUCGUGUCCCAUCUGUGCAAGUGAAUUCCGCAGUGCGGACGAUCUGAAGCUGCACAACAGCACUUACUGUCAGGAUGCGAGCUCAAGUGCACCAAUGAGUCCAGCAUCUUCGCCCUUCCGCUCCAACUCGAUCUCGUUGAGUCUACCGGAGCUGAAAAGCCACAUGGCCAACUCGAAGAACCCCUUAUCUCUGGCCAAGUUGGCCUGGUCGCAGUUGAAAACCAAAAGGAGUAGUUUGGUAUUAAGUCGCCUAAGUGCAGCACAGACGCCAGCAAGGACAUCAACUGUAACAGCUCCCACUGUAACAGCUUCUGCCCCAGCCCCUGCUGUAGCUACGGUCACUGCUCCAUCAUCAGCACCUGCCCCCCAGAUUGAAGCACUCCGCUUUGUGGAUGCGCCUCUACCGUCACCUGGUCCAUUGUUGGGAAAAACUCCCCUAGUGGACUAUGCUCAGCAAAGUGCACCACGCAAGGCCCAGGAUUCUGUGGUCAUAACCAAAAUGCACGAGGAUCGACAAUUUGUGAUUGAAGCUCAGCCCGCCAAACGCAUCAAGACUAGCGACUUGGUUGUAGCAUCCUCCUCUCAGCAACCGACGAGUUUCAACUUUUCUUUUAAUAAUCAGAAUAGCAGUAAUAGUGUGCCGGAGUUGCAGUCCUCCAAGGAGGAGCGACUGCGCAGAUUCACCUCUUCGGGAGGCAGCAUGAUACCCAUUUCGGAGUGCCCAGACUUGGACAACAGCCCGAAGAUGAUUAGAACACCGUUGUUGUCCGGUGGAAGCUUCCAGGAUGUAUCAGUCAAAGUCAACAACGAAACAGGAUCAUCCAGUAAGGAGCGUAAGCUGAUGGCACUGGUCAGUGGCAGUGGACUUCUCGGCGUUAGCUCAGGUCCGCAGCACUUUCAAUUUCCGCCCAUUAACUCAAUAACUGCCUUCAAUCCGCUAACGCUGCCCCCGAUGAGCGGUGGAGAUAAAACCACUCCAGCAACACCAAUACCUCAUGUGCCUGGAAUGCCAGGACCCGGUAGUCUGACACCACAAAUGCCGCUACUGCCGCCUCCGCCACAACAGCUGCAACUACCCAUUCCCUCUAGUCGAGGUCGCAGUCCAAAUCGAAAGCAACCCAGCCCGCUGCUGUUGGGAGGAGGAUCCGGUGAACUGAAGGCCCUGUCGCCAUUCGGUGGAGUUCAGAAUGUGCCAAGCGAGUUCAGUCGACAGCCACCAACUCCUGCCCAGCGGCAAGCGCUGCAGUGGAACAGCAAGGAGACACCGAAGAAAGCACCAUUUAACUUUCUACGCAUGGCGGAUAAUGUGAAGACCACUGAACCUGAAGUACGACACUUUAAUCUGGAAAAUGUGAUUGCUGGGAAACAGCAAGAGUUGACCCUAACACCACUACAUGUUGAUACUCCCAACGGAAACGCUCCAGAAGAGACCAGUCCCGUAGCCAGUUCCUCAGCAUCGGCGAAGUCCAAGUUUCUGCGGCCUACUAGUUUGCCACUGAAACCCGGUACUUUUACUCCUAAACGCCAUCAUGGCAUUACACCGACAGCUAAUACAUUGCCGCUGAUCUCGCCGGAGACACCCAGGCCGUCCAAAUCCUGUGUGCAACUGUAUCUCAAUGGACACGCCUACACAUAUCUGGGCCUCAAAUGCAGCACAAAGAUGUUUUACUGCACGGUGAACUGUCCACAGCCUUCGUAUGUGGCAGGAAUGCACAAACUAUCGAUGUAUAGUGUGUGGCAGGUUUGCGAGGAGAACCAGCCACAUCCACUUGGAUUCAAACUUAAGCAAGUUAUGGCACUCUACGACUCCCGUCAAAGGAUGUUAGGAAAUGGCAGCUCCACCGCCAUGGCUGGAUCGGGAAAACUUAGCUACAACUUAGUCGCUUCCCAGCAAAUCGUGUCCUCCCCCUCGACGUCCUCCACCAGCAGUGCUUUCUAUCAAGGACCCCUAAAGACCCCACCCACUGUCACGAUUGCCGCUCUCAGUGAGGCAAAUGUGGCGGCCAAGGCGAAUGAGGAGGCACAGGCCAAAAAGUUGGAGACAAGUCCAUCCGGGCAGCCCCUGGUGGGUGGCUACGAGUCUCAUGAGGAUUACACGUACAUCCGUGGCCGAGGAAGGGGAAGAUAUGUUUGCUCCGAGUGCGGAAUUCGCUGCAAGAAGCCGUCGAUGCUCAAGAAGCACAUUCGCACUCAUACGGACGUGAGGCCAUUCACAUGCAGCCAUUGCAACUUCAGUUUUAAGACCAAGGGAAAUCUGACCAAGCAUAUGCAAUCGAAAACUCACUUUAAGAAGUGCAUUGAACUGGGAAUAAAUCCGGGACCAAUGCCGCCAGACAGCGAGUUCUUGGAUGUAGAUAUGGACUUUGACCAGCAGUCAUCCACUUCGGCAGGUGGACGCACAUCAUCGAUGGCUGGGGAAUCGGAUUCCGAUGACUACAGUGAUAAUGAAUCUGAAAGCAGUGAUACGGAUGAGUCCAAGUCGCGACUGAAAGAGCACGAAGCAGCCAGAGGCCUACUCUCGUUAUCAAUGACGCCGCCCAUUCCACAGAGCGUAUCGCCCUAUCCGCAGUUGCAGGAUACACCCCUACCAGCGGCCAGUCCUGCAAACAGCAUUGGCUCUUCGGGCUCGCAACCUAAGAGAUUAGUGUGCUCCUUUACAUCGCCGAAGCCACCUUUCGACUACCAGAAGCAGGAACAGUAUUACUCCAAUCCGGAGGAGUCCAAACCGAAAAGGGGUGUGGCCAGCGAGGAGAGUGCUCCCAUGGAUCUCACUAAGCCGCGCGGCUCCAUCUUAUCGAUUUCCCCCUCGCCUGUUUCGCUGCCCGUCCAUGAUCUUCCCAAAUCGCAGGCCCAACAGAUGCACGAUGUUAUCUUUGGAACCUCCGGCAACGAAAGCGGUUUCAUGAAGACUCUAAUUUCGGUUUCGGACAAAGUGCGAAUAUCUGCCGAAAUGGAAGAGCAGGCCAAGCACGAGGCAGAGGGCGAGGAUGUUCAACUACAGACCUACAUUAAGGAGCAUGCGCUGCAUCAAGCCAAGAUAAAGCAGAGUCAGUUUAGCCGCAGCUAUCUGAUCAACACAUUAUACACAGCGGCGUCUCCUGUAAUGAGCAGUAGUAGCACUCUUUUUACCGCCAACAGCAGGCCCGUUAUGAGCGUAAAUGAGGUACCUAGCAUCGAAGUGCACGAAGUAAAGACCCCAGAAGCCAUUGAGGCACCUCGUAGUGCACCUGAACUGGCUCCGGUUAUUCUUGCUCAGAUUGCCCAGGAAGAAAACGAGGAGCCUAAUAUCGCAGAGCCACACAAUGCCAAUCUGCCUGCUGCAGUGCAGCAACCGGAUGUCAAUGAUUUUACUGGAGUACUUGGAAAUCCGACUGCACCACCAACAGCGUCUGUGGCUGCUAGUUCAGUAACCACAACAACAGCUGCACCUGUGGCACCCUCAUCCACUGCCAACUCAACUCAGCCGGCCCAGCGUACUGUGAUUGUGGGUGAAGAUGGCUUCAAAAGCUCUACUCCCACUAGCAAGAGCGGCGAUCUCCAGCAUGUAUCGUAUGGCAGAGGCGUGCCUCCAGCUCCCAUUGCAGGUGAUGCACGUCCCACUUGCACCAUCUGCACCAAGACGUUUCAGCGGCAACAUCAGCUGACCCUGCACAUGAAUAUUCAUUACAUGGAGCGAAAGUUCAAGUGCGAGCCAUGCAGCAUAUCCUUCCGCACGCAAGGACAUCUGCAGAAGCACGAGCGAUCGGAAGCGCACAAAAACAAGGUUAUGAUGACGUCGACUUUUGGUGUUCCAACCACCUCGAAUCCACGACCCUUCGAGUGCACCGACUGCAAGAUCGCGUUCCGCAUCCAUGGGCAUUUGGCCAAGCAUUUGCGCUCCAAGACGCAUGUUCAGAAGCUGGAGUGCCUGCAGAAGUUGCCCUUCGGGACCUAUGCUGAAAUUGAACGUGCAGGAAUUAGUCUUACUGAAAUCGAUACAAGCGACUGUGAGAACUCGCUGAUAUCACUCAAGUUGCUGGCCCAGAAACUGGUGGAGAAGGAUCCUAGUAAGCUCAGUAGCUAUACCACACCUUCUGGCAUGAUGCAGCUGGCCCAGGAUGCAACAGGUCCCGUCUCGCAAGAUAGUGCGUCCGAGGAUGGCUUUAGUGCCGCAAUUGCCUCGGCCAUAGCUUCGCUGGACAACGACAGUGCUGGCAACACACCUAAGCGAGCCAGCUCAAUGUCCGAGGAUGAAACGGUGGCUAAUGGCCUAAACCAUAGCCUGAAGCGUCGUUUGCCGGGCAGUUUCAGCAGUACGGGCGAGGAAAGCGAUAAUCCACCGGAAAGCAGUGGCGAGAAGCGGGCUCGUUCUGGCCAGGAGCUGCCUGUUCCCGUGGCCGUUCCCGUGGCUGCUUCAGCAGCGGCAAGCAACUGACAGUACAUGUACAUGCUGCAGCCCAGCUGAGGUUAUCAGUAUCCCGCGGUCUGCCACCUGGACACCAGUCAGUACGGCAUCUACAAUUCGAGGAUCGAGGGCCGCCAUGACCAAACCACCUCCAACGAGCGCAUAUCAAAUGUCUAAGCAUAUCGCAUUUGGGCACACACACAACUUACUCUAGAGCUAGCCUAUAAGACCCACCUCUCUUUGAUGAUGGGCCCAACUAGUAUUGGGCUAAUCGCGAGUAGUAAUCAAACGAUAGGGGAGCCAGAUAAGCGAGUCAGCUAUUCCAGUGUAAACACUCUGGGGGAAUUGCCCUAAAAUUAUCGUAUACAAAGCCUUUUACGGUUUUAAAAGGCAGUCACCCCACACACAGAUCGUUUCGAUCUGCCUCUUAAGUAUUUAGGUUAAGGAAUCGUCAUCAACUAGCCCUAGUUAUAAGCCAACCAACGAGCACACUUAUAAAUCUAUCUAUAUUGUAUACACUUAACCAUAAUUUGUUUUCGAAAUGCAUAAAUGCAAAAACUCCUGAAGUGCUGUGAGUCUAUCUACAAAUGUAAAGAUCCGAGAGCGAGAGAAGUGUGUUAUUUUUAAGGCCUAGCCCCGAAAAUAAACCCCCAAAAACCGAACCAGAACACCCGCACACUAAGUAUAUUGGUUUUCUAUGUCCAAAUCCAAGUUAAACCAUUUGAAAAUCACGUAGUUCUUCCUUAUUUCAAAUUGUUAUCACACCAAGUUUUAAAGCGCAACUAUUAAUGGUGAAUGAGAAAUGAUGUACACACCUAGUUUUGUUUUAAUUCUUUAAACAACGAGACCACGAGACUCAUUUAAUUGUUUGUUUUAAUUUUGUAUUUGGCAGAAGAGAAACGAAAUGAUGAAAAACGCUAACUGUAAAUAAUCAAUAUGUUGUCAUAUAUGCAUUAAGCGGUAGGCUAGAUAAACAAACUACACAAAGUUGAUAGAUAUAAAUGAAAUAUUGUACAAACUGCUAUGGCAAGCGCUGCAGCAAAAUCUAUAUAUACACAUAGAUAUAUAUAUCUAUAUAUUUGAAUGUAUGUAUGUGGUUAAACAACAAGAAAAUGAAGUGAUCUAUUACAUUAUUGUAAAAUAUAUCAAAAAAACUGAGAAAAAAAAGAAAACACAAACAAACAUAAAAUCUUAUA